CGGACCCAAGCGCGCACAGACCCAACUGAAAAAGGAAAAAAAAACAGAGGAAGAAUUCGCAUUUGCCCCUCCUCUUCCCCCACCGCGGGUGACCGGGGAGGAGUCGUGAGACCAAGCAACAGCAAGCGGGAAAGGCCAUGGAAGGCGGCGGCGAGGCGCUCUUCCUGGACGGCGUCGGGGAGGUCACGGUGGCCGUCGGCGACGACGGCCUCUCCUUCCAGCCCCUUCACCAGGAUGGAGUCAGGAAAUUCGUAGCUUCCGGUCUUCGGGUUCUUGAAUCGAAGAAACGGAAGGAAGUGAGUUCUUCAUGUUGGUCAUCUAUCAUAAUGCAACCUAAGUUAGAGAGCAAGCUUAAGUUUUCAGAUGUCUAUGCUGUAGAGCUUCUUGAGGUGGGUCCUGUAUGUGAACCUUGGAAUGCAAGAGCUACCGUUCAAGGCAAGAUAAAUACUGAGAUGAACCGAUUUGUCAUACACACGGUCACAAGACCAAGAAAAAGACCAUCUCCAUGGGUACCUUGUGAAUAUAUUUUUGGUCAUAAAGACCAGCAAACCUGCAAAACUUGGGUGGAGCAUAUAAAGACGUGCAUAAAUAAGGAACAGGAUAGGCCCAAGAGCCUCAUGGUAUUUGUCCAUCCAUUGUGUGGAAAAGGUAGAGGGUGUAAGAAUUGGGAAACAGUAGCUCCAUUAUUUGAGCGGGCAAAAGUAAAAACGAAGGUGAUAGUCACACAGCGAGCAGGACAUGCAUAUGAUACUUUAGCAUCUUUAUCAGAUAAAGAUCUCAAGAAAUUUGAUGGUGUUAUUGCAGUGGGUGGUGAUGGUUUAUUUAAUGAAAUUUUGAAUGGGCUACUAAGUACAAGGCACACAAAUUCUUAUCCUCCAACUCCAGAAGGGUUUGGAUAUUUCAGAAACAACAUGAAGUGUCAAGAACAUAGAAAUAAUGAUCUAAGCAAUAGUGAGCUCACAGGAGAUGAUGCAAAUGCCAUCUCUGGAAGUUCUAACACACCUGAUGAUCAUGAGCCCCUUCUUUCAACCACACGAUCUACAGGAUUGGACAUCUCGUCAUCAGAUUCUAGUGAUGAACCAUGCAAUGGAGAUCAGGUGCCUUUAGUCUCCUUCCCAAAUAAUUGGUUUAGGCUUGGAAUAAUUCCUUCUGGCUCAACGGAUGCUAUUGUUCUCAGUACAACUGGGGAGCGAGAUCCUGUGACUUCUGCUCUGCUUAUUAUCCUCGGCAGAAGGAUAUCACUUGAUAUAGCUCAAGUUGUCAGAUGGAAAAGUAGCCCAUCAGCUGAGGUUUCACCAACUGUGCGCUAUGCUGCUUCGUUUGCAGGAUAUGGAUUUUAUGGAGAAGUUAUAAGGGAGAGUGAAAAGUACAGGUGGAUGGGUCCUGCGCGAUAUGACUUCUCUGGAACAAUGGUAUUUUUGAAGCACAGAUCUUAUGAGGCAAAAGUGGCUUUUCUUGAAAAUGGAAACACUCAUUCACUUACAGCAUCGGCAGAGAAUAAUGCAAAUGGAGUCCAAACACUGCAAUACCAUCAAAAUAGACAUCGGAAAACCAUCUGCCGAACAAAUUGUUUAAUAUGCAAAGGAACUUCAACAUCUGAACAGAAUUCAGAAGAUGAAAAUCCAGACAGUUCCAGAACAGCUUGUGAGACCCCAAAAUGGGUCUGGUCCAAGGGUCGUUUUCUCAGUGUUGGUGCAGCUGUCAUUUCAUGUCGUAACGAAAGAGCCCCUGAUGGUCUAGUAGCUGACGCACACCUAUCUGAUGGUUUUCUUCAUCUUCUGCUCAUUAGAGAUUGCCCUCUUCCCUUUUACUUAUGGCAUCUAACACAAUUUACCAAGAAGGGCUCAGAUCCUCUGAGCUUCAAGUUUGUCGAACAUCAUAAGACACAAGCAUUUACUUUUAUAUCGUCACAUGACGAAAGUGUCUGGAACUUGGACGGAGAACUUCUUCAGGCCUGUGAGGUAUCUGUUCAAGCUUUCCGAGGCCUUGUCAACCUCUUUGCGUCAGGACCGGAGGUGUAGCUAUUCCCUUCUCUUUUUUCUCCCGAAGGGACGAUUGCAAAAGGCCCCGGCGUGUUGUACUUGUAUGCUGUACAGAAGUUCCUGUUCGAUACUCUGUUGCUAUUUUUUCUGUAGAAAAUGGAAAACACAGCGCCCAGAUUACGGAAUGCAGAAGCCUGGGUCGCUUCAAUUUUGCCACCGGAAAGAGCAGGCAUGUAGUUUACUAAGGUGGUGUUUGGUUGGAGGGACUAAAGUGGAACUAAACUUUAGUCCCUCUCACAAAAAUAUAAGUCCCUACCAUAGGGACUUAUAAUUUUGUGAGAAAGACUAAAUUUAGUCUCUAAGUUCCCAAACACCCCCUAAGUGCAGGAGUAGUUUUGGUCUGAAACAAUGACAUGCUGUGUAAUAAAGCAGAACUUGCUCUGUAAAGUGAUUCCAAUAUCUCCGUUUCAAAAAAAAAAAAAGUGAUUCCAAUA